AUGGCUGCAAAGUGUGACACCGUCGACACCAUUCGGAUUGACGAGAACGACCUGGCGCCGUUGGCGGCCCCGCUGACUCUAGUCCUGCCCUCAAUGUCGCCGUCUUCCAUGCCGACCAUUACUGUCAACUCCAAGAUGCCAUCCACACCGCUUCCAUCCCUGCUUCUUUGUCCUCGAAGAACUUUCCUCGCUUGUCUCAUUCUUGCUUCAAAAUUCAUGCAAGAUCGAGCCUAUUCCAAUCGUGCUUGGGUGAAACUCGCUGGGCUUCCCUCUCGUGAAAUUGAUCAUUGCAACGAGCUUGCGGUGAAGCACUCUAAUGGCAUCUUUGGGUUGGCAAAUUCCCUGCCAAUGCGACUGCAUCUUGUCAGUGAUCCUGCCGUCAUGCCGGUAUUGCUGCCAUCUGUGUCAAGUAUUAGCAAGGUUUCUGGGCUUCGACAACAUGCUACCGUGCGGACUUUGGGUUCGAACUCGGCUCCUGUCCAGGAUCGGUUUGUGCAACAUUCGAUGUUCUUGAACUCAAGGCCAGUGGAAGAACCGGAACGGAUGCCUGCAGCUACGUGCCAAGUCGAAUCCCCGUCGGCGAUGUUUGUUUCACCUCCCACAAUACGUAUUUUUGCUCUUGCUGUUGACACCAGGACUGUCUUAUUUCCCCAUGUCGACUGCCUCUACGUCUUCAUCCGAAAAAAUUCCAGCUCAUCCAUAUGCAUAGGCACGUAUGUAUCGAAAUUCAAUUCGCGCUGUGAAUGCUGUACACCGCGCCGAAUGCCAUUCAAUGAUGAAAAAUACUAGACCGAUGUUCGGAUUACGCAGUGGACUCAUCCUGUCUCUUGGUCUCAAAAAAUUGGUUACGGUUGGGCGUGCCACCUCCGCCUAAUUUUAGGUCACGACCUGAUCAAUCUUC